UGAAAAAUGGAAGAAGAUACCACAGUCACAGCAAAGGAAGAGGAAGAGAAAGAAGAGGAAGAUGGAAAGGACUCAGAGGAGCUCCCUUACGCCAUCAUGCCCACGACAAACUUCAGUGAUGAACGGAAGGUUGAUUUAAUUGAAACUACAGCAUUCAUCUUUCUGAACGAGUUGCAUGCUUCGGGGAAACUUCCUGGAACCAGAAUGGCAGAGUUAAAGGCUAAAUAUGCUUUGCUGCAUGACACCGUGAAAAGCAUGCAGGAGUCAGAGGUACAGCUGCUGCAGGAUGCCAAGCAGUUCACUGAGCAGAUCCAGGAGCAGCAGUUCCACCUGCAGCAAGCCGCUGCCUUCCCAGAAGCCUUCUCCACUGAGGUCUCCAAAAUGAGAGAACAGCUGCUCAAAUAUCAGAACGAAUUCAAUGCAGUGAAAGAGAGAGAGUUCCAUAAUCAGUACAGAUUAAAUAGCUUAAAGGAAGAAAAGAGCCUCAUACUAAAGGAAUUUGACAAGAUACCCAAGCCAGGAGAAACAGAGAAGAAGACGAGAAUUCUGAGAGAAAGUACUGAAGAAUUGCGAAAGGAAGUAAUGCAGAAGAAAUUAGAGGUUAAAAUCUUACGGGAAGAUUUAACAACUAAACAAAAGCAAUUAUUAAAGGAACAAAAAGAGCUCCAAGAAUUAGUAGACUAUCAGCUUGCUUUGAAGGAUGAAGUGAUUCACUAUCAAACCAUUCCUGUACAAAUUGUAAAAGACAUAGAAAAGAUAACACGCAAAAAAAAAGAAAUGGAAAAGAAAAAGCUUGUUUUGGAACAAGAAGCCAAAGAGCUAAAUGAUUCCCUAAAGAAAAUUGAAAACAAAGUUAGUUCUAUAGUAGAAGAGAAGGAGAAUACAAUAAAGGAAGUCGAAAGCAAACGAACCUUACUUGAAUUUAAAGAGCGAGAAUAUGGCCAAUUGAUCAAGCAAGCAGAAUUAGCCAGAGAGAAUGAAGCAUCGUUGCUAUCUGAAAGAGCACUCUUGGAUAUCAAUUUACGGAAUAGUCUCAUCGACAAGCAGAACUUCCAUGAUGAAAUUUCUCGCCAGCAAAGAGAGAAAGAACGGGGUUUUCGAAAUCUGAAAAAGAUGGAACGACUCUUGAAAGUCUCCUCAGAUGAACUCACUCAAACUCAAACCUUGUACCAAAGGCUCCUACUAGAGAGGGAUGCUAUUCGUGAAGAUGCUGCCAUGUUACACGAGAGAAGGAGAGAGCUCCAGAAGGAUGUUGAAAUAGCUAAGAGGAAUUUGGUCCAACAGAAAAUUCUAUCAGAAAGUGAGUCGAAGUUAGUGGAACAGCAAAUGGCAGAAGAAAGAAAGCUUGUGAAGGAGCAAGAGAGCAUUCGAGACCUGCUGUCCAACCUGGUCUGGACAACACAAAUCAAAAUUGAUGAGAGGGAACAGAAGUUCAAGGAUUUCCUGAAAGCCCAGCAAAAAUGCAGCAAUGUUAUUAAAGAACUCAAAGACAAAAAUCUUGAAAUCAGGAUACACAAGAAGAAAGAACGUGAAAAUCAUAGGAGACUCAGAGAGUUCGCUGCAUUAUAUGACACCAUUCGAAAUGAAAGAAACAAGUUUGUGAACCUGCUUCACAAAGCCCAGCAGGAACUAAAUGAGCUGAGAGGAAGGUAUAAAAUGUCAUUAAAUGAACUGGAAAUUUUAAGAAAUCGUGAAGUUGUUCAAGAAAGAAAGCUACAAAAUGCCAUGCGGAAACACACCAACAACCUCACCAUCCGAGAGAGCAUGCAAAAUGAUGUAUACAAAAUCAUGGGAAAACUGCAGGAAAUGAAAGAGAAGAAGGAAGCUCACUUGAACAGCAUGGACAGACUUGCCAGCCGGAUCACUGCCAUAGAAGAAGAGACAGCACAGCUUUGCAGAAAGUAUGAGAAAGCUGUUCAGAGGCGAAAUGAAAGUGGCAUUCAGCUGAUGGAGCGGGAAGAAGAAGUAUGCAUUUUCUAUGAAAAAAUAAAUAUCCAAGAGAAGAUGAAAAUCAAUGUGGAUGUUGAGAUCCAUAACCUGGAGGAAAAGAUCCGAUUCCUGAAACUGAAGAUUGCUGAGACACAAAGACAGAUUUGUGUGACACAGAAGUCAGUGCCAGUCAAGAAGUCCUUGGAAGCCGACCUGGCUGUGGUCCAGAGACAGCUUUUCCAGUGUACAGACAAAAUAAAAGACCUAGAGAAACAAUUGAUAAAUACUGGGAGUGAGAACAGAGCCCGCCUCCUUCUGGGAAAGGAUCCACCAAAAGAACAAUUGAUCAAGAAAUUACAUAAGAUGGAACUGUGGCUGGCUAAGAAGGAAGAAAAGUUACUAGAAAAAAAUUUAAUGUAUGAACAAGUGUCUCGACUCACAGAGAGGCUCAGCAACAAAACUGAGGCUUGCAAACAGGACAGACUGGUCCUAGCCAAGAAGAUGAAUAGCUACCAAAAAAGGAUCAAAGACACUACUGAAAAAACGAAGGCUCUUACUGCUGAGUUGUCCAUGAAACAAGCCCAAAGUAUGGAACUCAGAAAGGAAGCCAGAGAGAAAAAGGAAUUGCUCUUCACUUGCAAAUCCAGGAUAGAGAAGGGUCUGCCACUCAAUAAAGAGAUUGAAAAAGAAUGGCUGAAGGAGCUUCGAGAUGAAGAAAUGUAUACCUUGUCCACUGCUGAGACAUCUAGGGAGUCCUUAGAAAAAGAGACUCGCCUGUUGCCCAGUGGCUCGUACACGACUGCAGAGCAGCGUCCAAAUGCCUAUAUUCCUGAUGCAGAGGCCACGCUUCCCCUUCCAAAACCAUAUGGUGCUCUGGCUCCUUUCAAACCUAGUGAGCCUGGAGCCAACAUGCGGCACAUCAGAAAACCAGUUAUAAAGCAGCUUGAGAUCUAAAUAUGUGAACCAGCUCCAA